CUGUGGCCUCCCGGGUCUCGCACCCGCUCGAGGGAUCACAAUUGGAAACACUGGAGCUUUCGUGGCGCGCUGCAGAGUGCGGCUCCGACUCCUACAGCAUGGCUGAGAAGCGGCACGCCGAGGACACCCAAGCCCGACGGCUCCCCGAUUCCUUCAAAGAUAGCCCAAAUAAAGGCCUUGGACCUUGUGGAUGGAUUUUGGUGGCUGCCUCAUUCUUAUUCACACUUAUAACUUUCCCAAUAUCGAUAUGGAUGUGCAUAAAGAUUAUAAAAGAAUAUGAAAGAGCCAUCAUCUUUAGAUUGGGUCGCAUUUUACAAGGAGGAGCCAAAGGACCUGGUUUGUUUUUUAUCUUACCCUGCACUGACAGCUUCAUCAAGGUGGACAUGAGGACCAUCUCAUUUGACAUUCCUCCUCAGGAGAUCCUCACGAAGGAUUCUGUGACCAUUAGUGUGGAUGGCGUAGUCUAUUACCGUGUUCAGAACGCAACCCUGGCUGUGGCAAAUAUCACCAAUGCAGACUCUGCCACCCGUCUUUUGGCUCAGACUACUCUCAGGAAUGUUCUAGGCACCAAGAACCUUUCUCAGAUUCUCUCUGACAGAGAAGAAAUCGCCCACAACAUGCAGUCUACCUUGGAUGAUGCCACUGAUGACUGGGGAAUCAAGGUGGAGCGUGUGGAAAUUAAGGAUGUAAAGCUGCCAGUGCAGCUCCAGAGAGCUAUGGCAGCAGAAGCAGAAGCAGCCCGCGAGGCAAGAGCCAAGGUGAUUGCAGCUGAGGGAGAAAUGAAUGCAUCCAGAGCUUUGAAAGAAGCCUCCAUUGUCAUCACCGAGUCUCCCGCAGCCCUUCAGCUCCGGUACCUUCAGACUCUGACCACCAUUGCUGCUGAGAAGAACUCCACCAUCGUCUUCCCUUUGCCCAUAGAUAUGUUGCAAGGCCUCAUGGGGGCAAAGCAAUGAGUCAGAUGCGCUAGGGGAGAGAUUGGCUGUACCCUUAUAAGGAUAAGGGGACCAAUUUAGCCUUCAGCUCACAAGGAGAGAGAGUAGGGCAGGAAAUUGCAUAUCCUCCCUCCCUUUCCCUUUCCAUAUGUUGAAUGUAAAACUUUUAGAAUGUAUAGUGGUCAUAAAAACAGAUAAAAGAAUUGUUAGCUUUGUGGCUGGGGGUGUUACUCAGGGCUAGAGCACUUGGAUUACAUGCCUGAGGCCCUGAGUCUGAUCUGUAGCACCAUUAGAAAGGGACAAGGUGGGAAAGAAAGAAUUGUUAGUUUGUAAAUACUGAAAGAGAAAGAUUGAUAAUUUAUAUAUAUAUAUGUAUGAUAAUCUCCUAAGUCUUCAAAAUAUUUUAGGAGUUUGUAUUUUUAGAACAUUUUGUAGAAGAUUAACCCUCUCUUCUGAAUUUUCUAUCAGCAGCCAGGCCAAGAGCAAGAACAUAGAGUAGACUGCCAUCUGACUCCCCUUAGCCAGAUAAAUGCUUUGCAGAAAGUUAUGACUUGGGCUAUCAGCAGCUUCUUGGGGCCAUCUGUGCCUUACCUCCAGGGAAUCUUAAUGUCUCCCUCAUAUCCAUCUCCUUGCUAAACACAAACCAUGUGUCAGAGAAUCCUCAGUGAAUAGGCCCUCUUUUAUGGAAACCUGUCAGAACUAGGGGAAAUUAGAUAAAGAUUACCCCAAACCCUUCAAAGACUUAAAUUCACUGUUGUGGUGGUCCUUUUGAAAAUAACAGGUGCAUUUUUUUCCACUUCUCUGAGCCUCCUUUUAUGAGUAAACAAUGCUCUGUGAUCUGCCUUUCAAACCAAUUUAAAUACUUUUCACAAAAGUGCUUUUCUCACCUUGCCGAUUUUUUUUCAUAUAUCAGGUUUUGAAUAGUUUUGCUAUUUUAUAAAAAAUAUUGUCCAAGUUUUAUAAACAAUUGUUAUAUACCCCUCUAAUAGCUUAGGGACUAAAACACUUAAAAAGAGUAUCUUCGGAGGACCAUUGUAUUUCAAUAACCGCAGGCUACAAACUUACAGGCUCUGGGAUACCUUGGUUAUGAAUUCCAUUAAUUAGUAGCAUAAGGAACUCAUAAUACAGUGGACAUGUAAUAUGUGACAAUCUUGGGAAGACACUGGCACUUAGGGUGUCAUCUAUAGAGAUGUAGAACUGCUUUUUCUUGCAUGUACUUUGAUGUAGAAAGGGAUGUGGCAAGUGUAUUUAGACCAGGGUUUCUUAGUCUGUAAUAUGAGGAAGCCUCUUCCAUUUUGAAUCACCUGACCCUCUUCCUUCCUGAUUUGGAAAGCCGGCUACCGACAUUUGCAGCACUUCCUCUUUGAGGCUCUCAGUUCCCCCAAAGUCUAAAUAUAAGUCAUCUAUUCCCGGUAGCACUCUCUGUAUCUGCCUUUACACCUUAGCUGAAUUACUGUCAGUCCCAGCCUGUUGGUCCUUCCUGUCUUGUAUAUCCCAUUUCCAAGCUCAUUUUAGAAAACUUUGAACCACCCUCCACCCAGAUUCCUAGUGGAGCUGAUUAGAAGUUAUGGCACAUUUCAACUAGGGACUCAAGUUGCACUUACAUUUUGAAUUUUCUUCAAGUCAUGGUUUUUGUGUUGUGAAGUGGCUCACACAUAGUGACUAAGGAUCGGGAAACGUCAUGUCCAGAUGAAUAGCAGUGCACCAGGUUCCCUGUGUUUUGCUCUCCAGGUAUUGAGUGAUCCGCCUUUUUGCGUCUGUGAAUUCCUAGUCCAGUAGGUUGAAGUUCAGUGGAGCUAGAGGGAACUCCAGGACGGAGCAGUGCUGGUGCCGGGGUUUGCACCUGCCUCCCCUUCCAACAAUGCAGAAUAAAGCAUGUGCACUGGGA